AAAAUUUGUAUUUAGAUAAAGGACAAAUUAAUUAAGGAGAAAGAAUGGUGGAAAGAGUGGAGAAGACAAAAAAAGGAGAUGCCAUUGACAUGCCUAAUGAGUCUGUGUUGGUGGAGGAGACCUCUGUUGAUUGGAGAGGCAGACCCUGCAAGCCUAACAAGCAUGGUGGAAUGACGGCUGCUGUUUUUGUCCUAGGUCUCCAAGCAUUCGAGAUGAUGGCAAUUGCUGCUGUUGGGAACAAUCUGAUAACUUACGUAAUCAAUGACAUGCACUUUCCUCUGUCAAAGUCUGCAAACAUAGUAACAAACUUUGUAGGGACAGUCUUCCUCCUCUCACUCCUUGGUGGGUUCCUCUCCGAUUCUUAUCUUGGGAGUUUCUGGACCAUGUUGAUCUUUGGCUUUGUGGAGCUCUCUGGUUUUAUACUACUUGCUGUUCAAGCCCAUAUUCCACAACUAAGGCCACCAAAAUGCAACAUGAUAUUGGAGGAAGGCCAGUGUGAGGAGGCAAAGGGUUACAAGUCAUUGAUAUUCUUUGUUGCACUCUACUUGGUGGCUUUAGGAAGUGGUAGUUUAAAACCCAAUAUAAUCUCUCAUGGGGCUGACCAAUUCAGAACAAAUUACUCCAAGCAAUCCAAGACACUCUCUACUUACUUCAAUGCUGCCUACUUUGCCUUCUGCAUAGGGGAGCUCAUUGCUCUUACUGUGUUGGUUUGGGUCCAAACUCAUUCUGGAAUGGAUGUUGGAUUUGGAGUCUCUGCAGCUGCCAUGGCAAUAGGAAUGAUCAGCUUGAUUUCGGGUACGCUUGUCUACAGGAACACGCCACCCCGCGGAAGUAUCUUCAUCCCAAUUGCUCAAGUUUUUGUUGCUGCAUUUACAAAGAGAAAGCAAAUCUGCCCUUCAAAUAGUGGGAUGCUUCAUGGAAGCCAAAACAAUGUACCGAACCAUAUUUUUGCUACGUCACCUAACAUCAAUAGUCUCCUCCACACCGAAAAGCUCAGAUUCCUUGACAAGGCCUGCAUUAGAAUUCAAGAUGGAAGUGAAAGUUCAUGGAGACUUUGCACAGUUGCCCAAGUGGAGCAAGUGAAGAUAAUCAUCUCAGUUAUUCCCAUAUUUGCGUGCACCAUCAUCUUUAACACCAUUUUGGCACAGCUCCAAACGUUUUCAGUCCAGCAAGGGAGCACGAUGAAUACCCGGAUCUCAAGCAGCUUCCACAUCCCUCCAGCUUCUCUUCAAUCCAUCCCUUACAUUUUGCUAAUCUUUGUUGUCCCUCUGUAUGAAACUGUCUUUGUACCAAUUGCACGAAGAUUCACAGGAAGGGACUCAGGAAUCUCACCUCUACAAAGGGUUGGCAUAGGGCUGUUUAUUGCUACUUUCUCUAUGGUUUCAGCUGCAAUGGUUGAGAAAAAGAGAAGAAAUGUAGCUUUACAUCUGAAUGAAACUCUGUCGAUCUUUUGGAUUGCUCCACAGUUUCUUAUAUUUGGGCUGUCAGAGAUGUUCACUGCUGUGGGGCUAAUAGAGUUUUUCUACAAGCAGUCCUUGGAAGGAAUGCAAUCAUUUCUAACUGCCAUGACUUACUGUUCAUACUCAUUUGGCUUCUUUUUAAGCUCACUCCUUGUUUCCCUAGUGAACAAAAUUACCUCAAGUUCUUCAAGUGGUGGAUGGCUUAGUGAAAAUGACCUCAACAAGGAUAGGCUUGAUCUUUUUUAUUGGUUGUUAGCUGCACUCAGCCUCAUCAACUUCUUUAAUUAUCUUUUCUGCUCUAAAUGGUACUCUUAUAAUCCAUCUCUAUCAUCCACUACUCCACCACAAGAUCAGUCAUUUCGACAAGACCACCCACAAAAUCAUAGCUUCGACCCCUCAAAGCAAAUUGGAGUUGACAACAUUGUACCAUGAUUCUUCUUUUCUUAACCUAGACGGCUAGACCUAUCUCUAAGUAGUCUUUUGUAUGUAUUUAUAAAGAAAAGAAAAAGAAAACCCUAAAUUUGUAGCUAGAUGGAAUAUUACUUGAUAUACUUAGACC